GCUCAGGGGUGGCCCGCACAUUGCACUCGCCGCCGCCCGACCGCCUCACCGACUGGAAGUACGUCUGGAGCUUCAGCAGCGGCUUCUCCUUGGGGUCGGGCGCGGGGCAGAGCCGCACCAGAAGCGACGCCGCCAUGUCGCCUGCCGCCAGCUUUCGCUUUCGUUUCUCGCUUCGCGGUCCGGAGGCGCGGUUCCCCGCCCCGGCUCCCGGCGCUGAGGGGCUGACGGCCGCGCCGCGCAGCCACGGUUCAUGGGGCUCUUCCAGAGUUGCAGUCCAGAGACCUCACAGCAGGAAAGCCUUUUAGAGCCAAGCAUGGUAGCGGACAAGGACAGCUUGAUGAUCCCUAUCAACAAAGAUGCCUAUGAAAUCCUUAAGAAAAGAGAGGAAUGCCUAAGUAAGCUCAUAGACAAAAAGUUUGCAUGUAAAUUGACCUUGAAAAAUGCAAAGUUCACUGUUGAAGUAUACAGGACAAAACUAAAGCAAGGAAUUGACGUGUGUGUUUGUAAGGGGGAUCUCACAAGACACGAGGCUGACGCUGUGGUGAAUGCAGCCAAUGAGCAUCUACAGCAUGGAGGAGGCCUGGCGUUAGCCCUUGUGAAUGCUGGAGGGCCAGAAAUCCAGGAGCAAAGCACUCGUUAUGUUCAAACGUUUGGAAGGCUCACAGCUGGCGAAAUAGCUGUGACAGACGGAGGGAAGCUUCCUUGUAAGAAAAUUAUUCAUGCAGUUGGUCCAAGGUGGAAUGUUUAUGAAAGUGAAAAAUGUUGUGAGCUACUUCAGGAAGCUAUUGAGAGUGUGCUGAAGUACGUUAGCACUCAAGGAGACACUAUAAAGUCAGUGGCUAUCCCAGCAGUGAGUUCAGGUAUUUUUGGGUUCCCUCUCCGUUUGUGUGCCCAAGUGAUUGUAAUGGCUAUAAGGGAAUUUGUUGAGGCAAGUCCACCCAGCUCUCUCAAAGAAAUCUGCCUGGUGAAUAUUUGUGAGCCGACAGUUGUGGAAAUGAAGAAAGCCUGUGAAGACUUUCUGGGUGAAACCAGUCCUCUUCAGGCAAGUUUUUUGGCUUCACCAAGCCCAUCUCCAGCUUUCAUCAAGCACGGAGGCAUUCGCUUGCGCAUGGUACGAGGACUCCUUGAAGAGCAGAAGACUAUGGCUGUCGUAAACUCAGUGUCUGCGGACGGUGAACCGUGCUCUCUAGUUUCAGACCAACUGCUGCAAAAGGCGGGUUCAGCUCUUCAGAACAAACUGAAGUCUCUGCUCCGAUACUCGUCUCCUCAGCAGCUGGUACUGACCAAGGGCUAUAACCUGCCCAGUCAGUCUGUGCUGCACGUCGUGUGGCGCCAGCACAGCCACAGAGUCUUAUUGUGUCAGGCGUUAAGAGAUGCAGUGACAUUGUGUCUGCGACACUGCCGGGAUUCCCGAACUCCCUCGAUUUCCUUUCCAGCGAAUGCGGUUUGGUCGUUAGUGCUGCCUGUUGAUAUAGUGGCAGAGAUCAUGGUUGAACAGGUUUUAAACUUUGCCACGGCAUAUCCUGAGGAGAAGAUAGAGGUGCAGUUUGUCUUUUGGCCAGGUGACUGCGAUACCUAUCAGGUUUUCUGCAGAAAAAUUUGUUCAGCAGCACAGAAACUGAGAAACAGAAGCGAUCAUUCAAGUACAGAGUCAGGCAGUCAAAGCAUAAAAGAGCUUGAUCCAGUCAUUGAACUUAAAGGGAAGAGACAGACAGCAUUGGAAGCAGCAGAAUCGUGGCUCCAAAGCCUGGCUCAAAUUAAGGAACAUCGCCGUGCUGUUAUUGAAAACAACUUCAUUUUUAGCCUCAGUAUGAAGGAGUUCACAGAACUAUCUCAAGAGCAGCAUUCUAGUGUAUGUGUACAGGAAGAAGUGAUAGGUGGAAAAGCAAAACUGGAAUUCCAGGGCCCUCCUGAUGCUGUGCUUGAUGCAGUGCUCACAACUGAAGAAUUACUGCUUCGUAUGCAAGAGGAGACUACAGCCAAACAAGAGGAACUGAUGUACUUUAUGGGCCAAGCAGAAGCAGGUCAGCUUUCAGGAGGACACCUCGACAAGACUAAUGAAGGUGUUGAUAUUUUACCAUUGGAAUCAAACCUUCAGGACUUCAAAGACAGACAGAAAGAGUUUGAAAAAGCUGGGUUUCGUGUUCUCAAGAUUGAAAAGAUACACAAUCCUCGUUUCACUGCUGCAUUCCAACAAAUGAAAAAAACAAUUGAAGAAAAACAGGGUACCUGUGAAACAACCAGGCUGUACCAGCGUGUUCCUGCUCAGUUCUGUGUGUCAGUGUGCCAAACUGGAUUUCACAGGAUCUAUUCUCCACCAACAGAACAAAGCUAUGGAGCUGGCAUCUACUUCAAGAGGAACCCAGAAAACCUAAUUGAGAGUCAAGUUAUGUGGGAAACUGACCCUAAAGUGUAUGUGUUUGAAGCUGAGGUGUUAACAGGCUUAUACACUAAGGGGAAGCCGUCUUACAUUAUGCCCCCAGCAGUGGAGGGGGAUGCCAGUAAGGUAUUUGACAGUUUAGUGGACAACAUCAAUGAUCCCAACACCUUUGUCAUUUUCAACAGCAUUAGGGCCCUUCCACAAUAUUUGCUGACAUGUUCCCAACUGAAGUAUACCUCCCUCUGAGGAAACCAGCAGCAGCCAGAGUUAAGAAUUGUGAAGACCCUUUCAGAACUAAGCCUGAUACUUAGAAAUUAAGAGGAUGCUCUACUGAGUUGACAUGCUGUGAAGUGCCUCUUGCAAAGUGCUCUGAAAUAUCCAUGAACAAAAAAAGUCAGUCAGUACCUUAAGGAGGUUAGAAUAAAAUAAUCUAUGGAUGGAAACUGAAGGGAAAGCAUCACAAAGCAUUUUAAAGUUAAUCUGGUCGUUUCCUUUAUGCCUUAAAGUGUUCUGAGCAUGUGAUUGUAUAGUCACAUAUUGAUGUUUGCAUAGGUUGUCAUUCUGCCAUUCCAUUUUCUUAAUCUGAGAUGUAAUCUAUGUUAGUGAAACCCAGGAAAUCUUGGCUGUGCCUUUGAUGCUUAAAUUUCCUUUCUUUUGACUUACAUAGGUGAAAUGUAUGAGGUGAAAGGUGUUUCUCACUUAGGGACAUACUAUUAAGUACCUAUAGUUAUGACAAAUCUGAGGCAGUACUUCAUGAUUUCUAAGAGUAGUUGCUGUUACAGUCUGUAUUAGUUCACAUAUUCCAAGCAUCAUAGGUACAUGUAUUCAAAAUAAAAAGUACAGAUGACCCUGUCA